AUGAAAGCUCUGGACGAUUUGGAAACCCAUGGACUCCGGGCCGACCCGGCCGUCUAUUCCGACCUCCUCAAAGCUUGCCUCUCCCGCCGCGCCGUCCCUCUGGCCCUCCGGCUUCAAUCCCACAUCUUAUCUUCUCCCCACUCUCCCCAUACCUUCCUACUCAACAUGUUGCUCAGCAUAUAUGUCAAACUCCGUCUCUUGCCUCAGGCCCGUUCCCUGUUCGACGAAAUGCCUCAGAGAAAUGUAGUCUCCUGGACGACCAUCAUCUCUGCUCACGCUAACGUCCCCGAGCUCUCCCACAACGCUCUCCACUUCCUCGUCUCCAUGCUCUGCCACGGCGUCACGCCCAACAUGUUCACCUACUCUUCCGUCUUGAGAGCCUGCGGCUGCGUCUCCCAUCUCGUCCAGCUCCAUUCUAGCAUUUACAAACACGGACUGGAAUCCGAUGUCUUCGUCAGGAGUGCUCUUAUCGACGCUUAUUCCAAAUGGGGGCUCCCACAAGAAGCACUCUGCGUGUUCGACGAAAUGCCUACCGGGGAUUUAGUAGUUUGGAAUUCCGUCAUUUCUGCUUUUGCUCAAAACAGCAAUGGCCACGAAGCGCUUCAUCUUUUCAAAAGGAUGAAGAGAGCUGGUUUUGACCCCGAGCAAUCUUCACUGACCAGCGUUCUCAGUGCAUGCACUAGCUUAGCACUCUUGGAGCUGGGGAGACAAGCUCAUGUCCACGUAUUCAAGUACCAUCAGGACUUGAUCCUCAACAAUGCCCUCCUCGAUAUGUACUGCAAGUGUGGCGGCGUGGAAGAUGCCAACACCAUUUUCACCCGGAUGGCAGACAAGGACGUCGUCUCUUGGAGCACCAUGAUUGCCGGGCUGGCCCAAAAUGGUUACAGCAGAGAGGCACUCAAGUUGUUCGACUCCAUGAAAGAUUCAUCAACACAACCAAACUACAUCACACUUCUUGGAGUUCUUUUCGCCUGCAGCCAUGCUGGGCUCGUGGAAGAUGGCUGGUGCCAUUUCCGAUCAAUGAAGAAGCUUUACGGGAUUGAACCUGGCAGAGAACACUAUGCUUGCAUGCUCGAUCUUCUAGCAAGAGCAGGGAAGCUCAACAAAGCGGUUGAGCUGAUUAACGAGAUGGGAUUCGAACCUGAUGGAGCGAUGUGGAGAACUUUGCUUGAUGGUUGCAGGGCUCACAAGAAUGUGGAUCUAGCGAUGCAUGCUGCUGAGCAAAUUCUGAAGCUGAACCCACAAGAUGCGGGAAGCUACAUACUCCUGUCGAACAUCUAUGCAAACGCUGGAAGGUGGGAUGAUGUGGCAGGAAUUCGGAAGGUGAUGAAUGAGAAAGGGAUCAAGAAACAACCUGGAUGCAGCUGGAUUGAAGUGGGUAAACAGAUUCAUACUUUCGUUCUUGGAGAUGGGUCCCAUCCGCAGAUCAAUGAGAUUAAGAUCCAGCUGGAGUCACUGAUUCAACGACUCGUGAGAGCUGGUUAUGUCCCUGACUUGAACUUUGUCCUGAAGGAUUUGGAAGGAGAGGAACAAAGGGAAGAUUCUCUGAGGUACCACAGCGAAAAGCUGGCGGUGGUGUUUGGUUUAAUGAAUUUGCCCAAGGGACAAACUAUCCGGAUCAGGAAGAACCUCAGGAUAUGCGGUGACUGUCACCUAUUUGUGAAACUUGCGACCAAGUUGGAGAAGAGGACGAUUGUGAUUAGAGAUCCCAUACGGUACCAUCAUUUCCAUGAUGGAGCUUGCUCUUGUGGGGAUUACUGGUAACGAAGUCUUGGGACAGAUAAGGCAAAGGAACCAGUAAAUUUCAGGUUCUUCGUUGAUGUAGACUAUUCAGCUGAAUUGCCCUUAUACGUAACCAGAAAGAAGAAGGUUUAACAUAAGCCAAGUUUCAUUCAUCGAAGGAUCUGUGGUUGUCCAUGUUCUCUUUAGAUGUCUCUCUCAAACUGCAUAUAUGGACUGCAAUGCCCCUUCAUUUUUUCCACCGAUCGAAUAGCCUGUCGUUGGAGAGUCAAAGAAGAGCUAAAGCAACUCGCUGACGAUUCUGAAUCAAGGACACCCUUUCAAACCCAGAGCUAGACAGAUAUAGAGCUUCAUGAUUUUCCAUCCUCAAUUUCGAAAAAGGUCCUCCGACUAUCCAAGGCAAUCACCUGCAUCCCUUCUGAUUGUCGGUUUUGAUAUGAAAGAGAACAGAAGAAAAAACAAAGAAACCAGCUAAUGGGUAGCCGGGUGAAUGCAUCACAGUGGAGCUUUACAGAGUGAGUUUCGCUCUGAAUCCUGGAGAAUCCCCAGAUGCAGCAAAGAAGAAAAGGAAGCUUGAAGGAGUUCAAGAGAUGAACUUGAAGCAGCCCAAAUUAGAUAUGUAGGUGAAAUUACGGGAUUAUCAAGCAGUCUACAGAUUGAAGCACCGGUCUGAGAGAGGACACCUGCUUUGUGUAUCAGUUCAUUACUGCAUAUCAGAUGAGCCACCAUUUGCUUGCGACACCAGAAUUCACUCAACGCGGUUGUAUUUAACAAGAUACGAAGGGAUACUCAUCACAAAUUGAGAUUGUAAGCUAAGAGGAAGGGAUAUAUUCACAAUGCCAAGUUCAACUAGCAGAAGCUCAUCUUUGUGGUCCUUGGAGGCACUG